GAAGAAAUUAAAAACUUUCAAAUGGAAAUAAAUGUAUUAAUUGAACGCAAAGAAAAGGAACUAUUGGACAAAAUGCAAGAUUUUAAGCGAGCAAACAAUUAUGUUGCUGACAAAAUAAAAGGCGAAAUAGAAACUGCAUAUUCCCAUCUAAGCGUCAUGAACAAAUCUCUAAACGAUUCAGCGGCUCAUGAUAUUCAGCUGUACAUGGCGGUAAAAACGAUGAAAUCGCAAUUGGAGUGCAUCAAUAAUUCUAUUGAAGAGGCAAGGAAAGGAACGCCUUUUACAGAGUUUGGAUUCAUGAAAAACACUGCAUUGGUUGACUUUUUACAAUCCACCGGUGCGUUUGGGACAAUCGAGACACCUCAACAAACGCUCUAUGUAAAUAAUGAUUGUAUUGUUACCGCAGCAAUAAGUCUUGGAGUGACAUAUACAAAUUUAGCGUGGACAUUGAUAUCCCACAGUGCGCCAAGGGUUAUAGAAUUUUUCGGCCGUGAUGUCGUCCGUAUCAAAGUGCCUACAAGUUUGCUUAUCCAAUCUGAUGGGAGAACACUUGAAUCCUUUGGUUAUGAUGCAGAAGAAAAAUAUGCAGAUUUCACGGAAAAUGGAACUCAAAAUGAUUGGUAUUACUUCGAACGCUUCUGGUUGGAUCUUAACGAAAACAUGGACACGUUCAGAAUUACAACAGUGCUUAAAGAUAAGUCGGGCAAAGAAAUGCGAGCUGUAAGCCUAAUCUCUCUGCUGAUAAAAUUCUUUGUUCAGCGUCUGCUAACAUUUUCACGUACAGUUGGGGCGAACGUUACUGCUAAAGACAUUCAUCUGAUAUUGACAGUGCCUGGGAAUUGGAAUUCAAAUACGAAAAUCCUCUUGCAGCUUGCGGUAAAAAAGACAUGCCUUAAAGUCGGAAAGGUGAGUAUAAUGCUCGAAUCUGAAGCUGCGGCUCUCUAUUGUCUACAACUUCCGAAAGCAGACAGCAUUGGUAGAAUAAGAUAUAACAAGGAAGAAAGCCACUUGAUUCCUAAGACUGGGCAACAUUUUCUCAUCUGUGAUUUUCAAGAAGAUAAACUUGCCAUCAAUUUGCACAGUAUGGAAAGUGGCAUGCAGAUGGAGCAUAUUAUCACAGAGCAUGACCGAAAACUAGGUGUAUCGAAAGUUGUCGAGGAUUUUGAAACCUUUAUGAAUGCAUUAGCUGGUUGUGAAAUAAUUGCUGUCAUCAAGAAGAGCCAUUUGGAUGAAUAUACCAUGUUAAUAGAAAACUUCCGUACGCAAGCUGCUAAUUUGAAAACUUCGAUCAAUCGAGUAAAUAUCUCUGUCUCUGUCACAAUACAAGAUAUUGUAAAAGACUUGACGGGAAGAUCAUUAAAGGAACAAAUCCAACGUUCUGCUUACAUGAACGAUGUAUAUAUAAAUGUUAAUGGUGCUUUAAAAAUCAACACAAGCGCUUUCACGUCACUGUUUGAUACAUUUAUGGAACUAGCUGUAAUGCGAAUAAGGGAAUUCAUUAAAACAUACGAAUCGACGGAGAUCAGUCAUGUGAUUGUCGUUAGUGAGCUUCCUUUGCCUACACCAAUUCAUGAACAUGUGAAAGCUGCCCUGCCUGACAUGCAAGUCUACAUUCCAAAAGAACAUGCCUUUGCUGUUCUUAACGGUGCCACUAUUUUGCCAAGGUGAACAACGAAUGUAAAGGUGUAGUUGAAAUGUUAAUUGCGUUCAUUCGAUUUGUCCAUGAUACUACUUGGUAAUAUAGUUUGUGAAUACGAUUUAUCUAAUUGUAUUUACUUGAAGAGUAGAUGUGUAUGUUCUUGAUUUAUAUCCGCAGUGGUUGAAUGUAUCAAGGUUUUUUUUUAUUAACCAUUUAUCGCGUAGUUUCACAUUCGUUAAUAAUUCCUGUCGUAAGUUGAGAUAAUUCGGUUUAUUGUGUAUGUUAAGCAACCCGUUAUUGAUUGUGGGCUAAUUUGCGUAAUUUUUUUAAUAAACGACAUAUUCGAGGCAAUGUACAUGUACAGAUAUUUGGCUGCGAUAACAUGUUUUCUAUGACAUACUUUACCUGUUAUGUUUUGUAUGUGUUUUUUUUAUUUUGUAAAGCAUUGUGUUAUUUCAAAAUUGUAUUUUUUUUUCCAACUGAGAAAUAACUUUUUUUCCCCCAAAAAAUUGUGGACACAUUUUUUUGUUUUUAAAUUUCAAGUUAAUCUGUCGGUAUCGGCCUAGUUCUGUAACUUCAUUUUUCGUUAUACAUUUAAUUAAAAAAGAUUCAUAUUAUGAAACGUACCCCUUUGUUCCUAUUUAUUUUAUAAGCCUAUCUAUUUUUGAAAACAAAUAUGAGUUAUUGUCAUCACCUGACCGUCGGCGUCUGCGUCCGGUUAAGUUUUGUUUUUGGGUCCUCUUUUAUCAUAAAGUAUCAAAGCUAUUGCAUUCAAACAUGGCACACUUACUAUUAUGAGGGACAGGCAGGUAAAGUCAGAUAACUCUGGAUGGCAUUUUGACAUAAUUAUGUGCCCCUUGUAUACUUUGAAGAUUGAAAAUUUGGUUAAGUUGUGUGUUUAGGUCCACUUUAUUCCUAAAGAAUGCUUUCAAACUUUCAACAUUAGCUUACUAUCAUAGGGGAAUGUGCAGGCAAAGUAAUGUAACGCUGACUGGCAUUUUAAAGACUUAUGGUCCCUUUUAUACUUAAAAAAUGAAAAUUUGGUAAAGUUUUGUGUUUAGGUCUACUUUAUUCCUAAAGUAUCAAAGCUAAUUCUUUCAUACUUGCAACACUUACUAACUAUCGUAAGCGGACUGUGAAGGCAAAGUAAUGUAACUCUGACUGGUAUUUUGACAGAAUUAUGGCCCCUUUGUUACUUAGGAAUUUGAAAAUUUGAUAAGGUUUUGUGUUUAGGUCCAGUUUAUUCCUUCAGUAUCAAAGCUAUUGCUUUCAUACUUGCAACACUUACUAACUAUCAUAAGGGGACUGUGCAGGCCAAGUAAUGUAACUCUGACUGGUAUUUUUGACAGAAUUAUGGCCCCUUAGUUACUUAGAAAAUUGAAAAUUUGAUUAAGUUUUGUCUUUAGGUCCAAUUUAUUCCUAAAGUAUCAAAGCUAUUGCUUUCAUACUUGCAACACUUACUAAAUAUCAUAAGGGGACUGUGCAGGCAAAGUUAUGUAACUCUGACAGGCAUCUUGACAGAAUUAUGGCCCCUUUCAUACUUGGAAAAUUGAAAAUUUGGUUAAGUUUUGUGUUUAGGUCCACUUUAUUCCUAAAGUAUCAAAGCUAUUGUUUUCAUACUUGCAACACUAAAUAUUAUAAGAGAACUGUGCAUGCAAAGUUAUGUAACUCUGGCUUGCAUUUUGACAGAAUUAUGGUCCCUUUUCAACUUAGAAAAUUGAAAAUUUGGUUAAGUUUUGUGUUUAGGUCAACUUUAUUCCUUAAGUAUCUAAACUAUUGCUUUCAUACUUGCAACACUUACUAACUAUCAUAAGGGGACUGUGCAGGCUAAGUAACGUAACUGUGACUGGCAUUUUGACAGAAUUAUGGCCCCUUUUAUACUUUUAAAAAUUGAAAAUUUGGUUAAGUUUUGUGUUUAGGACCACUUUAUUUCUAAAGUAUCAAAGCUAUUAUUUUCAUACUUGCAACACUAACUAUCAUAAGGGAACUUUGGCAAAGUAAUAUAACUCUGACUGGCAUUUUGACAGAAUAACAGUCCCUUUCAUACUUAGAAAAUAGAAAAUUUGGUUAAGUUUUGUGUUUUGUUCCACUUUACUCCUAAAGUAUCACAGCUAUUACUUUCAGACUUGGCACACUUACUAACUAUCAAAAGGGGACUGUGAAGGCAAAGUUGUGUAACUCGGAUUGGCAUUUUGACAGAAUAAUGGCCCAUUUCAUAUUUAGAAAAUUGAACAUUUGGUUACUCCUAAAGUAUCAAAGCUAUUGCUUUCAGACUUGGAACACUUACUAACUAUCAAAAGGGGACUAUGUAGGCAAACAUAUGUAACUCUGGCUGGUAUUUUGACAGAAUUAUGGCCCCUUUUAUACUUAGAUUGAAAUUUUGGUUAAGUUUUGUGUUUUGGCGCACUUUAUUUAUAAAGUAGCAUCGCUAUUGCUUUCAUACUUGCAACACUUACUUACUAUCAUAAGAAAAUUGUGCAGGCAUAGUUAUGAAACUCUAUUUGGCAUUAUGACAGAAUUUUGGCCCUAUUUAGACUAAGUUACUUUGAAUAUUGUGUUAAAUUUUGUGUUUAGAUUCAUUUUUCUUCUAAAGUAUCAAGGCUAUUGCUUUCAAACUUCAAAUACUUUCUUACUUUAAUGAGGGUACUGUACCUGGCAAGUUGAAUUGACCUUCACCUUUGAAUGACCUUAACUAUCAAGGUUAAAGUAUUAAAUUUUGCUAAAAUUGCCAUUACUUCUUUAUUUAUUAUUAUAUUUGAUUCAUACUUUGACAAAACAACGCUUACCUUGCAUAACACAAUAGACUCCACCCAAACCAACCCCUACGCUUCACCCCAUAAUCUCCCCCCAAAAUUUUUUUUUUUCAUUUUUUUUCUUUUUUUUGAAAGAUCAUCUAAUAAAUGACCACACCCCGCACUAUACCCUCUAACACCCCCCGCCCCCAAUUAUUUUUAAAAAGUUUAAGAAAACACAAAUAUUUAUUUUUAUUAUUUUAUUUUGAAAGACUGACCAACCAUCCAAUCCAAGAAUCUCCCCACAAAAAAAGUUGUUUUUGCAUUUUUGAAAGAUAAUGAAAUAAAUGACCAAACCAUAAAGAAUAUAUACACUAUACACCUCUCUACACCCCACCCUUUCCUAUUUUUGAUUGAAGUAUUGAGAUAGGUCCCUUCACCUUUUUAAGGAAAAUAGAUGAGCGGUCUGCACCCGCUAAGCGGUGCUCUUGUUUAACUGUACGGUUCAUAUGCGUUCGCUGGGUGUGUGUGAGUGUGCUUGCAUGCUAGCCUGAGCGCGUGUGUGUGCGUGCGUGCGUGCUUUCGUGUUUUUUAGCCGGUGGUUUUGUGGGAGCGUGCGCGUUAAAAUUAUAUAAUACAUAAGAGCUGUAUCUUAAUCACAUUAAACAUUAUAUUAUGUUUGUUUGCGGUAACAAAGGAAUACAUUUUAACACCGUGUCAUUAAGACAUGUUUUGUUAAUUUGUACAUGUAACAUUGUGUUUAUUGUUUAGGCAUCCAUCUUAUAUUGUUCUUUCAAUUAUUAAAGUUAUAAAUUAAUUAUGGAUUUUUGCAUUUUGUCCUAAAAUUGUAUAAGUAAUUGAACGUUGACUUAGUAUUAUGAUUGUUUUACUAAUGUUAUAUCAAAUAUUGCUUUGAUUGUUGAUAAUUGUUCAGAUUGUGGUCCUCAACACAUACUAUUGUUCUAGUAUAAUCACGCCCCUGGGUUCUUAACUGCCAUGUCUCAGGAUUCCGAUUAUAUUAUAGACUUGUUAAGCUAAAUAUUGUUUUAAUAUUUCUUCAAUGUCCUAAAAAAGUUUUAUAUUUGUUAAAUCACAGUGUAUAGAGAACAUCUACUAAGUUUGUUAAAUUCAUGCCUCUGAGGUCCUUAUUGCAAAUGCUCACGGUUUGGUCAUGAAAUAAUAUAAAAUCUAUUCAACCAAACUAUUGAUAUAACGUUGUUGCAUUGUUUAGUGACCUGUUUUGUUGAAAUCUGCUGUAUUUGCAUUUUUCAUGUUUUUGGUCACUUAAUAUGGUAUGAUCAAUAACGGAUUCACAGUUCUGCAUCAGCAUAAAAUGAGUCUUAAAAUUUAAAAUCCAAUAACACUCAUGUUUGAGAUCACUCUACUCUUAAACUCUUAUGCAAUUACAGUUACCAGGGUUCAGGAUCACUUGACUUUGUUCGGUUCCCAAUUAAACGUUAAUGGAAGUAAACUUACCGGUUAGUUUAAGACUGAAACGCACAUAAACAAUAUUUAGACUGCAUUUAUUGUACAAAUCAUUAACAACAGUUAUCGAUAUUUAGAUUAGGCGAACAUAAAUUAGAAAUAGAGACUGGGAGAUAAAAUAACAUACCCAUAGAGGAACACAAAUGUAAACAUUGUUAUAGAAAAACUGUUGAGUCGGAAUAUCACUUCUUUCUAGCAUGGCCACUCUAAAGUUCUACGUACAAAAUAUUGUAUUCAAUCAAACUGACCCAAUCUUGCAAAAUUUAAAAACAUACUAUCUUGUCAGAACAAAUCGAGUCAUUAACAAUACUGCUGGAUUCCUUUCUGAUUUCUUGAAACUCCGUGAGGACAAAAUUUAAAGUAUUUGCUGCUUCUUAAAUAAAUAUUUGUUGAAACCCUUAAUCUAUUUUCUAUCUAUUUUUGGUAACUUUUAGCUGUUUUCGAUAUAUGCAAGUUUGUACAUGAUGUAUGAACAUGUUUCAUUGCAGUUUGUGUUUAUUAAAGUGAUUGUUUUUGUAUUGUA